UAUUUUUGUGGAAACAUGACCCGCGUGGCGUUCCAUACGAGAGGUUGUGGCGUAGGAAGAGGAGGAGGAGGAAGACGCUGGAGAACGUCUGUACAGAUGCGAUGUGUAAGGCUAACGGGCAUGAGGGGUGAAUCUAAAGACUUGUUAAGCGAUGAGGCGGUUGGAGGCACCUCUGGUCCAGCAGCAAGCUCUGAGCACAGGGCGGGGUGUAUGUCCGUUAUGGGAGUGUUGGUGCUCGGUGUGGGCGGGCUGCUCUCCGUUCUGGCGGCAGGACCACUGCACGCGCACUGCUCAGUCACAUGGACUGUAGACAUCCCAUGCUUUGAUGCCUCCUCCCUUCUGGUAAACCAGAUAAAAGAGUGGACAACAGAGCACUGCCCCCCAAAGAGCCAAAAGUGCCUGUUCUCUCUGGUGUCUGUAAUUGGUGAUGAUAUCAUUGCCACUCGCACCACUCCAGUAAUGAGGUUCAUUGAUGACAUCACAUUUAACUUCAGCAGCACAAGCACAGACAGCUGUGAGAUUCAGGGUCACUCUACAUCUCGUAGCUGGUACACCAUAUUAGAUUCAGGAAGCAACUACCUGAACAUGCACAGUCUUAUGAGAGCCAGUGGUCUGUCCUCAUCACCGAGCUUUACUGAGUCCACCAGUGACCGCAUGUGCACACAGUACUCCUCCACGAGACUGAAACUGAACUCAUAAAUGUCACUUCUCUCUCAUGCUACACCCAGUGAUAUACUUACAUUAGUACUAGUUAAAUAAAUAACAGACAGGAAUAAUGUAGAUCUACUAACAAGAUCACAAAGUUAUGUAUGAUGCAGUAUUGACUAUAAAUUCUGAUGCCAAUCAGUCAUUCCUGGUUUAAAAUGGCAAUAAACCCUGGAGGUUCCUUGGACUUCAUAAAACCCUGGUUACAUGUGUACCAAAAUAUCAUGAGGAAAAGGAUUCUUAGGAAAGCUUUGAAAGGUUGUCAGACAUGAUCACAAUGAUCAGUUCAUAGUUAGAACAGCUAAAUGAAGCCCAUGAGGAGGAGUGGCAUGUCAUGUAAGGAGAUGGUAUCCUGUUGAUAUGGUGAUGACAGUAAAGUGAUGAUGUUCACCACAUAGUGUGCUAUCCACUGCUUAGUCAAGGGAGCCCACUGAGUCUUACCUCCAUACGAAAAAAAAAACAGAUUAUCUGAGGCUCGGCAGGUUUCCAGCAGGUCUAAAUAACACCAUAAGGCACAUACUGGGUUCAGAAAGAAAUGACCUACAGGCUCGUCCUCAAUCCAGUCUGCGAAGUUAACAUAAAAUGCAGUAUCUUAAUUUUCAGCAGUGGUGUGACUCAACAGCAGGUAUGUGGUUAUCAUAAUAGUAUCAAAAGAGUAUUAGUAUUAGAGUAUUGGUAGUAUUAGUGGUAUUUCAAAUAUUUAUAUAUUUAUAUUUAUUUGUGUAGAAUGUUUAACAAAAGGCAUUGUUACAAAGCAGCAAUCAAUAUUGUGGUUGCUUGGUAGGUAGUUAUAAGUCUGGAAGAACCUCCAUCCAUCAUCUAAUAAAGUACAAGGAGGAUGAUUGACCAGUGAGGCAUAAGGAGGUCUUAAGAGCUAGUCUCUGAUAUUCUCUUGGGGGGCAGAAUAGAGCAAAUAAUCUCUGGGUCAGAAACUUACCUACUGACAAAAUGAAUAAAACUCAUGACAAGUAUUUACUUUUUUAUUUGUAAUAAAUUAUAUUGAUCCCCCCCACCCACUUAGUAUUAUAGGCAUGUUGGUGUAGCUGCAUGAGAGAUAAUCUGAUAUAUCUGCUAUGAGUGGAAUCAGAAUGUUCCCCUGUUUUUUUGACACUGCACUAAAUGCUUCAUUAUAAAAUACUACUACUGACCUAUAAAGGUUUCACUACACAGUAUCUGUUUUAUUUAUCAUCAUCCACCAGGUCUACAUUCUGUCAUUUUUAAUUUAACAAGAAUUUUUCCUCAUCUGUAUCUGUAUAUAUAUCUUAAUAAUUAUUGUUAUUUUUUAAUUAAAUCUUUUUCCACUGAUAUUUGGAGAUCUAUCACUGGCCCAGUUUAGUCUAUUGACUUCUUAUGUAGCGCUACAGUCCACUAGAGGGCAUUGGCAGCCCAUUUGUAGUCCCUAGCUCAGUGGUUGAGAACCCCAGUAUACACAAUGAUGGCAGACUGAUUGUACUCCCAGUUAGAUUGAUUUUGAAUGUAUUUUAAGUUAAAAAAUACUUGAGUGGAGAAAAACAAUUGGCUUCUUUUAUCAUAAUAUGAAAACGCUGUGUGAUUCACACGCUGUGUGAUGUCACAUGUGACAUUUUUAUUAAAAAUGGCAACAUUAAUACUGCCAGUAAAAGCAACAACAACAACAACAACAACAAUAAUAAUAAUAAUUACAGAAAUCCAUACAGACAAGGGGAGAACAUGCCCACACAGAGCACACUAACACACUAUAACUGGAGUCAGAAUAUAAAUAGAAUUUGUAAGACUGAAACAGGAAACCCUGGAACUGUGAGAUGGUAACACUGUCCACCACUGUCUUUGUGCCAAGUCAAGGUCACUUCACAUCACUUUGGAAUUUAGGAUAAAAAUAAAUUGAUGUGUAUUCAGUAUUCUUAUCACCAUGCAAUCAUUUUUAACUUUUGUUACAUUAACAUUAAAUAUAAUGUUGAUUGAAUGUUGACUGAUAGGAUGGUAAACGUGUAAAAACAUUGCUAAUACUUGCUUCCAAUGAUGUUUUCCCUGUGCAGUGUAAUUAUGGAUCAGUAAACAGGCACAAUGGCCAG